UUCUUAAAGGGACAGAAGCCUCCUGGCCACUUGGGGUGGGGGCUAUAGGCUGGACACCAAACACAGGUCCCCCCACCCCCACUCUGCUGCAUCCUCACAGGAGCCUGUUUCCUACUCAGCACCUCCUUGAACCAUGCCUGACACCCUUGGGAGCUCAAGAAAUGAACAGAUGAAUGAACAAAUCAUACACUGGCUUUUGCAGGCAGUGGAGAAGGAAGAAGAGAUGGACCCCCCAGACUCGGCCUCGAGAGUCUUCUGUAGCCGCAUCCUGAGCAUGGUGAAUGCAGAUGACGUCAAUGCCAUCAUCCUGGCCCAGAAGAACAUGCUGGACCGCUUUGAGAAGACCAAUGAAAUGCUGCUGAAUUUCAACAACCUGUCCAGUGCCCGCCUGCAGCAGAUGAGUGAGCGCUUCCUUCAUCACACGAGAACUCUGGUGGAGAUGAAACGGGAUUUGGAUAGCAUCUUCCGCCGAAUCAGGACACUGAAAGGGAAACUAGCCAGGCAACACCCGGAGGCCUUCAGCCACAUCCCAGAGGCAUCCCUCCUGGAGGAUGAGGAUGAAGACCCCAUCCUGCCCAGCACCACAACUACCAUUGCCACCUCGGAACAGAGCACGGGCUCCUGUGACACCAGUCCUGACACUGUCUCACCCUCCCUCAGCCCGGGCUUUGAGGACCUGUCCCAUGUUCGGCCCAGUUCCCCUGCUGUCAAUGGCCAUAGCCAGACAGAUGAUGAUGAGGAAAUGCUGGGCGAGUAGCCUUGCUCUCUGGUGCCUCAAGUGGUCUUAGAGCAGUGGCACCUCUCCCCAGGUGUCUGGGGUGGCUUCAUGAUCAUCAGCUUUGCCACCCUGUUCUGUCAUUUAGGGCUCUGAGGAGGAUAGGGCUCCCUCCCAAGGAGUGUAGAAUACCUGAAGUCUUUAAUUCCUGCUUCUUCCCUUCUUCAGACCCCUCUGUUGUGCCAAGGCAUGCCCAUCCCAGCUGGGCACAAGGUAACUUUUCUAGAGCUGAGCCUGAGUUCUGCUCUAAAUAAUAAUACAGAGGUUCCCAGAGAUGAGCCAGAUGUCUUCUACCUUCUGGUCAGGACCUCCUUGAGGUAGAUAAGCACUGUCACAUCUCAGUUCACCCAGACCACCCCUGCACCCACUAAUUCUGAUUUCCCAGCCCCUUCCUCUAACAGAAGUAUUGAAUACUUUCUCCAAUUGGUAUCUCAAGGAGUUUUCUGAGACAAGUAUAAGAAGGCUUGAGAUGAAGGCUGUCUAUCCAUGCAGUCCAGAGCCUAAUGAGGCCUGUGUUUGUCUGAACAGAGGUGUAGAACCCAAGGGCCCAGCAGGCCUCUCCCAAGGCUUCUGUGGAGCAAGCUGAGCCACCUUGGAAAAUAGUUUAAUGGUAUAUUUUUGUACCUGAUGUUUACAGAUCCUGUUGGGAAGUUAUCAAUAAAAAGACCCUGUUAAUACAAAGGGAAGAGUACAA